AGAACAAUCCUGGGUACGGGCCUGAUUGCAUAAGUUGUCCUUGUAUCUAGAGGCUAACAGAGUUAUUUGUGCAUAUAUUUGGGAGAGAGUAACACAGUGAUCCUUAGAUAUCUAGGGGGGAGGGGGAGGAAAUGAGUACGUUUGCAUCUAAAGGGUGGGAAGUUUUGCCGAAAAGUAAAGGGGGUGGAGUGGGUGUCCAAAAGGGACAACAAGAACCCCCAUUAAAGCACCCGGGACAAAGAACUUAGAAGUGCCACAACAGCCAUUGAGGUGUUGCAAAAUAAUGCCCGAGGAAAAUAAUAAAAAAUGAACAAUAGACGCCAAGUAAUAAUCUGCAUCUGCAACCUCGCCGUGGAACGGAGUAUUUAGAAGGCUACGCCGCGUCUAAUGAUGUACCACUGAGCAAAAAUUAACAGAAAGUAACUCUGUUAGUUCAACAUGACUUCUUGAAGUUUUGGGCGCUUUGUCGAUCUGCGCAACACCCCACAAGCGAAUAAGCCAGGGGACACAAAUACUGAUCAAUUUAAUGGUAAUAUCGAUAUUUCUGUGAUGAGAUAAAGAUACCUAAUAAGGAUGUUUUGCCUCUUAGAUGGUAAUGGCGCAUUGACGCGCUGAUAAUUCACGGGUGUACGGGAGAGGCAGAUAGGCAUUCUACUGCCAGGCUCUUCUCAUUACGCCCAUAAAUAGUUAUCUCACAAUAGCAAAUCUAUCAAAAGCAGACUUUCUUCUCUAACUCAGCAAUGUUGCCUCAUAUGAAGGUGGCUCAUUUAGAGUAGACCCCCUGUGCAAGACCUGGCAGAUCAUUAAUCAUACGAUAAGAAAACGCAUAAUUGCAACGGGGCGCGCAAACUGCUGGAACCCAUUUGAGUGUUCAAAUAAACCAAUCAGUGUCAAGUCGUGACAAAGCGGGUACGCCAAGGGGAGGUGUUGCUUUCCUGUGCGAGCUGACCGGAUAUUACCUUAAAUAAGCCAUAAAUCAAGCCGAGUCGGUAGCGCGCUUCCCCCCAAGCGGCCCGCACGGCCUGACAAUAUGGCGAGGCAGUCUGUUCUUGCCUAUUCUCCGGAAUUGGCACGUUUUGCAUGGAAGGGAUCUGUUAUUGAUUAAUUCAGUCUUUAAAGUUUUAUUCCAUACGUUUAAAAGAUAGAUUAGCUGACUUAGCAAUAAAUCACAAGCAAUUUCUACAAAAAUUAAAAGCUGUUCGAGGAAUUAAGCGACGAACGAGCCCAAACUUAACAGGCUAAGUUACCGCAGGGUGAACAUAGUAAAAGAUAUAGUAAGGUUACACACUAGAGGAACUCAGGGUCACCGUCAGACGGAUGAUUUGAUAGGCUGAGGCCGGCUGACACGUGACAUUGGUGCGCGCGAGCUUGACUAUUUAGCGCAACGAGUGAAUUCAAGGUUAUGCUCCACAUAGCUGGCUGAUAACAUGGAACUACUAUCUACUUACGCAAACUCUACCAUGCAAACUCUGCAGGCCAGCUCCGCACCACCCCCGCGCAAGACGGACUGUCACCAGACGAGGAAUCACAAAGCGCUAUACCAAGCCGACCAAAAAACCGGACACCAAGCUGACCAGAAAACCGGACAAGUGAAACCCUCUAUCACAAACCUUCUGCCGCUUAGUCUACUCGAGCCUAUCUACCCGUGGAUGAAACCGAAAAAGGGGGAGACAAACCAGCUUGGAUUUGUUAGAAGCUCAAAGAGGCACCGAACGAGUUACACCAAUAAACAGCUCCUGGAGCUCGAGAAAGAAUUCCACUUCAACAAAUACCUCUGUAGCUCACGCCGAAGAGAAAUCUCCAAAGCCCUGCAGUUGACGGAGCGUCAAGUGAAAAUUUGGUUUCAGAACCGCCGAAUGAAAUGGAAAAAAGACGAGAAACAGAAAACAGAGGACUGUUAUAGUGCGCAGCAAUACAAUAUUGAGGAAAUCUCCUUUUUAUCAUUAACCCCCUACGAGAUUUCUUCAAUAAGGCCACUGUACUACUAGCAAUUUAUAACACAACGCUAUGGACAACGCCAGCAGAAACUUUACUCCUAUAUUUAUUGGAUUUGACUCGGACAGGCCGGCGUUUGUGGUUGCCGUUGGCCUGGUGCAAACGAUGACGACCGCGCACUUCGCGCACAAGUACAAGCACGAGGAGUUCUAUCAGUGGACAUUUGAAAUGUAAAUAGUGCGAAGACUAAAUUUUAAGUCCAAUUUUAACGCAAUACUUGGCGCGAAUUCAACACGUACAUUUAUAUAAUAGUGGUUCUAUUGUUAUAGAAUUAAAACAAUACAGAUUUGAAGUUA